GAGGCCUAAAACCCUUCUGGGAUCCAUGUUUCAGGAUCCGCUCCCACCAGACCAGGUCACUGCCAAGCAUCCGGGUCACUUGGAUUCCAGGGUCACUCAGGGUCAAUACUCAGGGUCAGUACAGGUCAUGAGAUCCUUGGAGGGUAGGGGGAGGUCCACCCUCUUUGCUAACCCCUGGGACAGGCUGCUACUUCAGAUGAAGUCACUUCUCCACCCGCCACCAACUUACUGGCUUUUGGAGGAAGUGGGCAAUUCCAGACUUCACAUCCUGGUAGUGCCAGGGAUCUGAGGUCUAAAUGACCUCUGAAUAAACUCGUGUCUUGUAUACCCUUGCAUGUAUUUUACGGAGCAGGGAAACCGAGGCUUCAGCUGUCUUCAUCCCCAAACACCUUCAAGCACCUACAAGGUGAUCAGGACUGGGCCUGGGCACCCAGCUGAGUCACCAGCCAGGCCCUUCUGGAGCUCCGAGUCCUCAAUCCAGUCCUGCAGAAUCAAACAAAUAUAACAAAAUUCAGAUAACCGAGACAAUGGAGCUGUGUGCUUCGGAGUGUGGGAGCCCGUGGCCACCCCAGGGAGACCGUGGGAGGGAACUGCAGGGCAGGGCGGGCAAGGGGCAACGCUGUCCCGGGGCGGGGGUGGGAUUGUAAGAAACUUGAGUGCGCUGCACGGUCCACUGGGGCCAGAGAAGUCGGUGGGGUACGCUCCGAAACUGCAGCUGCCAGCAACGAGCGAGCGAGCGAGCUGGGGAAGCCGAGGUUGGGCGGGGGUCCGGGCAGUGGGAGCCGAGUCGGAUCAGGGCGUGGCUUGGAACUCGGCGACCGAUUGGACGCGAGGGAGACAGAGAGAAAGAGAGAGAGAGGGCGGGUGAGGCUGGACGGGUGGGGGGUCUGGAGCUGGGCGCGGACCCUGAGACCACCCGGAGCUACGCCCGGGCGGUGCAAGGUCACAGCGGGAAUUCCGGGCUCGCCGAGUGACUCAGCCCUGAAGGCGCCAAACUGUGGGCACUUGAGAUGGUCACCAUGAGCCACUGCUACUACAACGAGACCAUCGGCUUCUUCUACAAUAACAGCGGCAAGGAGCUCAGCUCCCACUGGCGACCCAAGGAUGUGGUUGUGGUGGCACUGGGGCUGACGGUCAGCGUGCUGGUGCUGCUCACGAACCUGCUAAUCAUAGCAGCCAUCGCCUCCAACCGCCGCUUUCACCAGCCUAUUUAUUAUCUCCUCGGUAACCUGGCGGCCGCUGACCUCUUCGCCGGCGUGGCCUACCUCUUCCUCAUGUUCCACACAGGACCACGCACAGCCCGGCUCUCGCUCAAGGGCUGGUUUCUAAGGCAGGGCCUGCUGGACACCAGCCUGACGGCAUCGGUGGCCACACUACUGGCCAUCGCCGUGGAGCGGCACCGCAGCGUGAUGGCCGUGCAGCUGCAUAGCCGCCUGCCCCGGGGCCGUGUGGUCAUGCUCAUCGUGGUUGUAUGGGUGGCCGCGCUGGGGCUAGGGCUGUUGCCUGCCCACUCCUGGCACUGCCUCUGUGCCCUGGACCGCUGCUCCCGCAUGGCACCCCUGCUCAGUCGCACCUACCUGACCGUCUGGGCCUUGUCCAGCCUGCUCGUCUUCCUGCUCAUGGUAGCCGUCUACACCCGCAUUUUCUUCUAUGUGAGGAGGCGGGUGCAGCGCAUGGCAGAGCAUGUCAGCUGUCACCCUCGCUACCGCGAGACCACGCUCAGCCUGGUCAAGACCGUUGUCAUCAUCUUGGGGGCAUUCGUGGUUUGCUGGACGCCAGGCCAGGUGGUGCUGCUCCUGGAUGGUCUGGGCUGCAAGUCCUGCAAUGUUCUGGCUGUAGAGAAGUAUUUCCUGCUGUUGGCCGAGGCCAACUCGCUGGUCAAUGCCGUGGUGUACUCCUGCCGGGAUGCCGAGAUGCGCAGAACCUUCCGCCGCCUCCUCUGCUGUGUCUGCUUCCGCCGGUCCACCCACAGAUCUGCCCAUUAUACAUCCUCCACCAAGAAAGGAGCCAGCACUCACAUCAUGCUUCCUGAGAACGGCCACCCCCUGAUGGACUCAACGCUCUAGCUACCUUGAACUUCAGUGUGAUGCAGCAAGUUCAAGACCCGUAAGCCCCGGACCGCUGGUGGAUGUGCCUGGCUCAGCCUGAUCUGCAAGACAGACUUAAAGACAGAUGCAUGCUCUGUCGUGUCUCAGCAUUGCUGCCAAUCUUCCCUGACCACACAAUUCUGCCUGCCCUGGGGUGCCGGGAUUUGGGGUCAUCUCUAAGCCUAUGGCAGAGAGUCAGAUGGCCUAUGAGAAUCUGGCUCAAAAGUCAUCUCAGUCUGAGGGGGUUGCUUUUCUUUUCUUUUUUUCUUUCUUUUUUUUUUUUUUUUAGUUGUCAGAGUAUGUGCACUAGCCAGAGGAAAGAAGAGCAUCCCCUCAAUGGCUGUGGUCAUGCUGCAGUCCCUUCUCUCUUUCUCCAUCCUUGUUGAGGUUGGGGGCAUGCACACAGACACACUC